GCCGGUCUCGCAUGAUCAGAUCUGCAGAGCGUGCGUGUGGCCGGUUUAAGGAACCCAUCAUGGACGCCAAUCACUUUUCCCCUAGGCUGCACCUGCGAUAAACAUGUAAACGCCCGAUUUUCAAAAUUAUUGGAGUCUGUCAUGGCCGAAAGAAGAAAACUCGGGCGUCCUUCAUUUUCUCCAACGAGAAAAGAAGCAUUUAGAAAGGAUUCCAACAUGUCCAAGAAGAUGUUUAGAGAUAAAAAGCGCCAGAAGCGAGAUGAGGCUUUGUCUACCGUCGUGCCACCGACCGCAACCCGCUACAAACACAUUCGCGUUACAACUGCUACGUUCUGGCGAUGGCGAUCACUUGCUCAAGAGCUUGGGCUGGAUGGAGACGAACAGAUGGCUUCAUUUCUGUUAAACACGUACUAUGAGCGGGCAGUGGAAGCUGCUUCUCAAGAACAGAGACAAGAUAUUCCCCCAAAUUCUGAAGAAUCAAGACAAAUAGUAGAGACUUCCAUGUUCCCAGAUGAUGAGCAAGGCACUGAGACAGACGCCAUCGGAUCUACAAGUACAACACUGCCAAUGCAAGCUACGCAAGAUGGCAGCAUUGGCCUGCUUCUGACAGAGCCCCCUCCAGAUUCCAUGAAGGAACAGGUGGAAGAUGACUGGAGAGGUGGUGAUGGGGACAAGACUAAUGAUGGUGGUGAGAUGGUGUUAGAAGGGAAGUUCACCUGCCUUAUUAAGACGGAACCUCACGAGAGUGGUGAAGAAUCCAAUGAACAAGAAGCACUACCAUCCGUCAGCCAACAAGGAGACAGCUUGGCAGGAGAUGAUAGGAAGGAGAUUGAAGAAGUGGAGUUCAAAUGUCUUAUCAAAGAAGAACCGGAUGAUGGUGAACACAACCAACCAUCCUGCAGCCAGCAAGGUGGGAAUUCAAGCAAGCAGAGCUCCUGUCAAGAGAUAGGGAACACUCAGAUAAUAUCAGGUGAUACAUCACAUGACAGAUCACAUGGGAGGCAUCUCCCAGGUGACCACCCUUUACAAGGAACCCUUUCCCAUUCAUCUCCCAGAGGCAAUUGCUCAAGUGGGAAUGUAGGCAAACAUAGCUCCUGUCAACAAAAGGCGAAUACUCAGAUAAUAUCAGGUGAUUCAUCACAUGACAGAUCACAUGGGAAACAUCUCCCAGGUGACUACCCUUUACAAGGAGCCCCUUCCCAUUCAUCUCCCAGAGGCAAUCGCUCAAGUUGGGAUUCAAGAAAGCAGAGCUCAUAUCAAAGAGAGGCUCAGGAAAUAUCACAUGACAGAUCACAUGAACGUCCUCCACAGGAUUUCCCAAUCCCAGCUGUUCUAGGAAACCAUUCUGAUCUAUCUACCAGAGGCAAUUACUCGAGUGGUGAUUCAAGAGGGCAGCGCUCACAUCAUAAGGAAAGCGCACUGAUAAUUUCAGGUGAUCCGUCAGUUGACACAUCACAUGACGGACCACGUGGGGAACAUCUUCCAGAGGAUUUCCCAAUCCAAACUAUUCUAGGAAACCUUGCUGGGCUAUCUGCCAGAGGCAGUUACUCAGGUGAGUAUGAUUCUCAUCUCUUACCAAACCAAGGAAAUUAUGCAACCGACAGUGCUACCAUGUCCGAUGACCAUGAGGAAGAAAGAUUGAAUCUGAAAACAGAUAAUGCAAUGGGACUGGGUGAGAAGUGUGAAACUGCCUAUUCAAAGCAGAAAUCUUCCCAGAUUUCAUCAACAAGAACCAAUCAAUCAAACCCUUGCAUCAAUUCUGCUGGAGAACAGCUGUUCACCUGUUCAGUAUGCCAGAAAGGAUAUAAUCGUAAGCACAAUUUGUACAGGCACAUGAGACUCCACUCAGGGGACAGGCCUCACGAGUGCACCUACUGCAAGAAACGAUUUUGGCAAAGCAGCGAGUUGAAGGGACACCUUCGAAUCCAUACCGGACAGAAACCGUAUUCGUGUUCAGUCUGCGACAGACAGUUCCGCUUUUCGUCUAAUCUCAAUAAACAUAUGGCAGUUCAUCUUCGUAAGAGGAGGAAAUAUCAAUGUGCAUUCUGCGAUGAGGGAUUUUCAACGAGAGCUCUGCGAGACGCCCACAUUGCAUCAGCUCAUCCAAGUGGUGAUUCAAGAGGGCAGCGCUCACAUCAUAAGGAAAGCGCACUGAUAAUUUCAGGUGAUCCGUCAGUUGACACAUCACAUGACGGACCACGUGGGGAACAUCUUCCAGAGGAUUUCCCAAUCCAAACUAUUCUAGGAAACCUUGCUGGGCUAUCUGCCAGAGGCAGUUACUCAGGUGAGUAUGAUUCUCAUCUCUUACCAAACCAAGGAAAUUAUGCAACCGACAGUGCUACCAUGUCCGAUGACCAUGAGGAAGAAAGAUUGAAUCUGAAAACAGAUAAUGCAAUGGGACUGGGUGAGAAGUGUGAAACUGCCUAUUCAAAGCAGAAAUCUUCCCAGAUUUCAUCAACAAGAACCAAUCAAUCAAACCCUUGCAUCAAUUCUGCUGGAGAACAGCUGUUCACCUGUUCAGUAUGCCAGAAAGGAUAUAAUCGUAAGCACAAUUUGUACAGGCACAUGAGACUCCACUCAGGGGACAGGCCUCACGAGUGCACCUACUGCAAGAAACGAUUUUGGCAAAGCAGCGAGUUGAAGGGACACCUUCGAAUCCAUACCGGACAGAAACCGUAUUCGUGUUCAGUCUGCGACAAACAGUUCCGCUUUUCGUCUAAUCUCAAUAAACAUAUGGCAGUUCAUCUUCGUAAGAGGAGGAAAUAUCAAUGUGCAUUCUGCGAUGAGGGAUUUUCAACGAGAGCUCUGCGAGACGCCCACAUUGCAUCAGCUCAUCCAAGUGGUGAUUCAAGAGGGCAGCGCUCACAUCAUAAGGAAAGCGCACUGACAAUGUCCGGUGAUCCAUCAGGUGACACAUCACAUGACAGACCACGUGGGGAACAUCUUCCAGAGGAUUUCCCAAUCCAAACUGUUCUAGGAAACCUUGCUGGGCUAUCUGCCAGAGGCAGUUACUCGGGUGAGUAUGAUUCUCAUCUCUUACCAAACCAAGGAAAUUAUGCAACCGACAGUGCUACCAUGUCCGAUGACCAUGAAGAAGAAAGAUUGAAUCUGAAAACAGAUGCAAUAGGACUGGGUGAGAAGUGUGAAACUGCCUCUUCAAAGCAGAAAUCUUCCCAGAUUUCAUCAACAAGAACCAAACAAUCAAACCCUUGCAUCAAUUCUGCUGGAGAACAGCUGUUCACCUGUUCAGUAUGCCAGAAAGGAUAUAAUCGUAAGCACAAUUUGUACAGGCACAUGAGACUCCACUCAGGGGAGAGGCCUCACGAGUGCACCUACUGCAAGAAACGAUUUUGGCAAAGCAGCGAGUUGAAGAGACACCUUCGAAUCCAUACCGGACAGAAACCGUAUUCGUGUUCAGUCUGCGACAAACAGUUCCGCUUUUCGUCUAAUCUCAAGAAACAUAUGGCAGUUCAUCUUCGUAAGAGGAGGAAGUAUCAAUGUGCAUUCUGCGACGAGGGAUUUUCAACGAGAGCUCUGCGAGACGCCCACAGUGCAUCAGCUCAUCCAAGUGGUGAUUCAAGAGGGCAGAGCUCACAUCAUAAGGAAAGUGCACUGAAAAUGUCAGGUGAUCCAUCAGGUGACACAUCACAUGAUGGACCACGUGGGGAACAUCUUCCAGAGGAUUUCCCAAUCCAAACUGUUCUAGGAAACCUUGCUGGGCUAUCUACCAGAGGCAGUUUCUCAAGUGAGUAUGGUGCUCAUCUCUUACCAAACCAAGGAGAUUAUUCUCAAUGGCAGAGUCCUACCAUGUCGGAUGACCAUAAAGAAGGAAGAUUGGAUCUGAAAACAGACAAUGCAAGGGAAUUGGAUGAGAAGUCUUCCAAUGUCUCGUCAACAAGCACCAACCAAACAAACCUUUGCAUCAAUCAACAGCUUUUUACCUGUUCAGUUUGCCAGAAAGGAUAUAAUCGUAAGCACAAUUUGUACAGGCACAUGAGACUCCACUCGGGGGAGAGGCCUCACGAGUGCACCUACUGCAAAAAACGAUUUUGGCAAAGCAGCGAGUUGAAGAGACACCUCCGAAUCCAUACCGGACAGAAACCGUAUUCGUGUUCAGUCUGUGACAAACAGUUUCGCGAUACCUCUAAUCUCAAGGUACAUAUGGCUGUUCAUCUUCGUAAGAAGAAGAAGUAUCAAUGUUCAUUCUGCGAUGAGGGAUUUUCAACGAGAGCUCUGCGAGAUACCCACAGUGCAUCAGCUCAUCCAAGUGAGAAACCGUUUCAUUGCAUGGAGUGUGAUAUGAGAUUUUGCCGUCGUGGUUCGCUCCAGGUGCAUAUUUGGAGAACCCAUACAGCCCGAGACAAACCGCACGUGUGCUCAUUUUGUAACAAAGCAUUUUCGCAUUUGUGUUUCCUCACAACACACAAAAGAAUCCACACGGGUGAGAAGCCCUAUGAAUGUACAGUCUGUGGCGACAGAUUUUCCUUCCAUACCCAACUUGCGGAUCACAAAGCAAAGCACACGGGAGUCAAGCCGUAUUCGUGCUCCAUCUGUGAGAAAAGGUUUUGGAGGAAAAGUUGUUUGAAUAGACACCAGAGGACCCAUACAGGAAAGAAGCCCUUUCAGUGUCCUGAAUGUAAAAAGGGCUUUGCGGAAAAGAGUACUCUUAUUAAGCAUUUGAAUACACACCCAAAUUUGUAAAUUUCUUGACUUAUGAACUUGUGAUUGAUUUGCCGAAAAGCGAUGAAAGUUCGGGUGUUCCUUUUCAGGACCAACUAUUGCUCAAGAAAGAGUUUUGAUGGUCCUUUUCAGGACCAACAAUUUCCCAAGAAAGAUCCAUGGUGUACCAUGAAGCCUACUACACUAUUCUUCUUCACCAUGGACACUUUCAGUAGUUACACUUUACUGCCACCUCCUGAAUAAGCAUAAAUUGAAUUUAUUGAUAAACUUGACUUGACAUGAACAGUUUGUUCUGUAAUAUAUAAGAUGAUAACAUGUAUGAUAGCAAGGAAAAUCAUACUGAAUGCUUAUUAUCAUUUCGCAGAUGUUCAAAGAUGACAGAUUUGUGCUGCAUUUCCAAUAGCAUCAUAAAUCAUGAUUCAGAGAAAAUCACAAACAAAAAAUAUGUCAAGUGUAAAAGAGAAAAUAUUUUUCUCCAGAGUCAUCAGAAAUUACCCCAAGUAGCAACUAUGAUUUAAUAAAUGAACAAAGCAUUUUGAUC